AUGAAUAAUAUUAUGCUUAGAUUCUUGUUUCAAUCGCUUUUAAACUUUUCAGAUUGUCAGGAAGCACUAGGGAUGGAAGAUUAUGGAAUACCCAACGAACGAGUGCGAGCAUCUUCAGAAUGGAACUCCAACCAUGCCGCCAUUCAGGGACGGCUCCAUUACAAACCACCGCUAGGCAAACAAGGAGCAUGGUCUGCCAAAGAAAACGAUAAAAAUCAGUGGCUUCAGAUUGAUCUGGGAAGUGUGUUCACCAGGGUGACAGGUGUUGCAACUCAAGGUAGAUACAACUAUAACCAGUGGGUGACAACGUACAAGCUGCAGUACAGUAAGGAUGGUUCUACCUUCACCUCAUACAAAGACCCUGAACAAGCUGCAGACAAGGUAAAAUAAAAUGAAAAAUUCUUGCUCAUUAACAGGGUUUCUUGAGCUCCACUUUUUCUGACUAUUUCAUCCUCCAGCCUGCUAAACGUUUUGAAUUUUGUUGUUUACUUUGAAGAAGCACUGUAGAAGGAUCAUCAUUUUUACGCCGCUAAUCUACCACAAAAGAGCGGAAUUCGCUACGAAAUAACACUUUCAAUCAUUACCUUUACUACUUUCCAGUCUCAAUUGUAGAGAUGCACUUUAAAUCCUUUUCUCCUUUAGGUUUUUGAUGGAAACACCGACCCGAACACAGUUGUCGGUCAUGUCCUCAACGAAUCAAUUACGGCUCGUUACAUCCGUUUUCGACCAGUGACUUGGUCAAGGCACAUCUCAAUGAGAGUGGAGUUGUAUGGUUGCUCAGGUACUGUGAUGCUAAAUUAGCCCUCAAUUAGUUGCAUGGUGGCAAGUACAUGUAGUUUAAAGAAGGGGUUACACCGCAUGCUGAAUUUUUCUUAGACCUUGUCUCCCUCUCCCUCUUAUUCCCCUUCUCCUUCUCCCUUUCCCCUCCACAUGGAGAUCUGAGAGGUUUAUUUUUCAAUCAGACUUUCCAUGCCAAAGUCCGGAUGUGGGCCUGCCAAAUAUCUCACCAAAUGCAUCUUCCGACGUGAGCAUUCACAGAUUAAGACAGUUUACAAUACAAUCUGAAGUCAAAUUGCAUUGUGAGUUAUCUGACAAAACAUCAUUCCUCUGGCGUGUUUAUAAACUGGGUGAAGAAGAUACACCAUUACUUUCAAGAAAUAGCUUCUCAGAAUUACAGAUCACACCACGCUUGUUGCCAGUUGGUGAAUUCUUGGUUCAACUCAAUGUCAGCAUGAUAGGACCAGCAAUUUUUGGGGUCAGCCAGGGUUAUUUCGAGGUGGUGAGUAGCCCUUUAGUGGCAUCUAUCACUGGAGGAAGCAAGGUGGCCAGAGGACUGGAAAGAACAUUGAUUUUUGAUGCAUCCCUUUCAUAUGAUCCUGAUGAAGAGAAUCUGCAAUUUUCAGGUUAGUAACCAAGUACAUCAUAGGUCUUUUGACAAAAUUUCAUGAGCAAUCGGAAAAAGACGAAGGAAACUUUUCAGGAAGGAUGAAAAUAACUUCUUGACUAACUGAUCGUUACUAUUGACAUAAUUUAACCCCUACAUUUAACCUUAUUGUGCUUUUUUAGGCCUCAACUUUACCUGGCUAUGCAGAGGAGAGUCGCCUUUGGAUCUUAAUAAUUCAGAUGAGGCAGGAUGUUAUUAUAGGGCUGGUGAUAAAGAAUAUGUUGGACAUGAACUUAGAGUAAACAACAGUCUUAUGACAGAAAACACCUCAUACUUCAUAACAGUACAGGUUACAAGGGAUGAAAGGAAAGCUGAGUACACUCAGGAAGUGUUUAUCGUUCCUGGUGACCCACCGGAAGUGCAAAUCAGGUAUUUGAAACUUAAGACAUGAGGUGCAGCUGAACUUCACCUGUUAUUGACAAUCUUAACAAAAUCAACUUUGACAAAUUAAUUGCGACAACCUUAGGCAUUUAUAAAACUUUUAAUGGAACAAUGACAAGUUUCUCAGAGCAUACCAUACUGUAUUGUUGUAGGUAGACUAUUCCUAGGUCUUUAGACUAUUGUAUCAUUUCAAGUAAUACAUCCAUUGAAGGAUUAAAAAAUAUGUUCCUACUUUUAAAUGUAAACGUUUACCUAUCUAGUUUACAAUUUUGAAAAAAUUGAGGGAACUAAAUUUUAUAUUGAAGAAAAAUGGUUCACAAAUGACAGAAGUAAAACGAGGUGGGCUAAGGGUGCACUGUGUAACUUUGCUUUGAAAUCUGUUUAAACUGAAUCAUCAAAAUGACCCACAGGUGUGUUGAAAACUGCGAUGCCAAACUGAAUCCAUCUGGGAGAGUGGCUUUACAGGGCAUGUGUACAGGUGCCUCAUGUCAUGGUAACCUUAUCUUCAAGUGGACGGUUUUAAAAGACUUGAAUAACUCUUCAAACAGUUCACAAUGGACUGAGGUUUUAGAAAUACAAGAGUUGAUAAGUACUCGAAUUUCAUCAAAAUCUCUCGUCACUAAGCCUGGAGUGCUGACACCCGAUACCAGGUAUAAAUUUAUAUUGACUGCACAACGACCAGGUGGAUACCGCGGGUAUUCCGAGUACCACGUGACCUCAAACAGUCCCCCUGUUGGAGGAGUAUGCAAUGUGAGCCAAAUAUCAGGAGUUGCUCUUAUAACAGAGUUUACUUUUACUUGUGAUAAUUGGCAGGAUCCAGAUCUUCAGUUGCGGUAUGAAUUUAUUUACCUCAGAAGUAACGAUCUUCUAAAUGUGGCGUACAAAGGAGUAAAAACUAGUUUAACAACCAAACUUCCUGCUGGAGAGAGUGAAAAUAACUUUACCAUCGACUUUCGCGUGCGAGUGGUUGACAUUUUGGGGGCAUACACUGAAAUGAGGACUCCUGUGCAGGUAUGAAAUGGUAACCGUAACGGCAAAGAACACCUUCACUAGUUUAUUUGGACUCUUUUUCCUGUUCACUUCUUAUUUUAGUCAGCACUGUCUGUGACAUCCAGAUGUAGUUGAUGAAAUUUUUUUUUUUAAUUUUAGGUUUCUGAGCCCAGUAUUGAUCCAAAAGACCUUGUCGAUGUUGUCACCAACCUCACGUCUGGCGAUGAAAGUGAACUGAACUCCUUGAUCAAGUCAGGUGAUGUGUCACGUGCCACACAAUUGGCCGCAGCAGUCCUUUCGGCCGUUGAUUUUGUUACGCAAUCAGAAUCUGCAGAAAGUCAGGUGCAGGAGCUCACAGAGAAAAAAAUUAUGGUAAUUCUUACAUACUUAGAAAAACUAAUGAUGGAACUUCUCAGAGCGAACUACCUAAUUGUAAGGAAUUUUUUUUUUAGAGGCCUAAUGGGACACAGUUCAGUUUGAGGCACAACUGCCCUGGGCUCCUGUACCCUUGGGCACUUGGUCGGGACUUGAACCCAAGCAAAGUUUGUUGCUGGUAACACCAACGUUACCGCACGCUGUGCCAAGCUUGGAACUGAGAAGUCUCUGGGUCUUUUCUCACCGGGUUUGAAAGAUAAACCUGGCAUGGCUAGUAUUUAGAGGAAGACGCAAUACUAUUAUAACUUGUAUAGACUCCAACUCCGUGUCUUGUUGUUGCCGGCUUGAGCGCAGAAUUGUCUUUACCCGGCCGUGUUACUUCGUCCAUAACGAUAUUUGUAUACCUGUUAUGGGAUUGGAACUAUUCCAUUUGUGCCCAUGUUAAGAAUACAUUUAUAUUUUUUGUAGAUAAAAUCAAACAUCAUACAACAGCUUUCAACCGUCUCAGUAGAUACUGUCGUUAGAGUCCAGCAGGUAUCGAAUGUGAUAGCCUCUGCCAGCUCAGUCAUCGCCGAGAUUACCAACGAAGCACAGGUAAUUUAAUAACCAAUCACUUCAUUUUAAUCACGCCAGUAUCGCUUUGUUAGCUAAAAUUAAAAAUAACACGAUCAGGUCGCUUGAAAGAACAAAAAUGCUUUUCCUGAUCCUUUACACUUUUCUUUUCGUCUAGAAAGAUGCAACGGAUGCACUCGAAAAGAUGGCUGUAGUAUUGAAGACGGCCAGUGAAGCUGGACAAAGUUACGACACACUAUUUGAUGGUGUGAAAAGUCUUGUAACUGGACUUGGGAGCAUGCUCAGGCUAACUUCACACGGAGCUAGUGUGGAAAAUGCUGUGUCACAUGAAGAGUCUCAAAUGAAAGCUAGCUUUAUAACUGCAUAUAAAGGACGCUUGUCUAAGAAUCGAAAGGGGAAUCUCAAAUCGAGAACUUCUUUGUCUAAUAAAUUGGGUAGGAGGACCAAAAGGGACGGUGCUGACGUACAGCUGCAGGUAGGGAAUCGGACAGAAAUUCAAGUUAAAAACCUGAAUCGAAAAUUAAAGUUAGACAGGUGCUAAAUCCGCAAAGCACCUCUAUAAUGGUUCCACAGGAAAAAAAACCACGUUAAAUUAGAAUUCUACCCACAUUUUCCACUUCCUGAUUGGAGCGCUAAUCUGAAACACAAUUUCGCUUGCCAUGUCUUCGAUACCAUAUUUCUAGAAAGGAGACACUGAAAGUACAACAUUUUGACCGAUAAUUGGGAAUAAAAUCUAGAUUCAGUCGGUAAAAAGAUUAAUGUUAAAAAUCUAGCUUUUGGGUUGCUAUUCCUCAAAAAACAAAGAAAAAAAGCAUUAAUUGCUCUAAAAGUUAAAACUUUGAGUGACAACAAUUAUUUUUUAAUCUUUUUCUUUAAGGCUCGUGUCCAAGUUGAGACUCUACUUCAUUCCUUGGAGGAAGUCGGAAGCACCAUCUUGUCCCGGACUCUCGUUGGAGAAGAGCCAAAAGAGCUUCCAGCCCAGGCAAUGUCCCUGCUACUGUCUCGACAAGAGCCUAAUUCACUCGCUGGGACUGUUUUGUCAAAUAAAGGGAACAGUUUUCAGCUUCCUCCGGCCUCCAAAUUGUUUGACAAUUCUGGCCAAUUUGUAGAUAGCCAGGUUUGUAAGAAAUCUUCUUAGUUUUAAGACAAAAAUGCAAGAGUGUUUACUUAAAUAAUCAAUGAAUUGGCCUAGCCGCACUUUCACAGCACUUUUUCUUUACUUUAUUUAUUAAUGUAAGUGUGGUGGCGCUCCCACAAGACCGUUGGCUUCCUGGGUCUCCUCGCCUUCUAGCUAUAACCGCUGUAAAUAAAUUUUUUGUAUUGUGUAAAUAAGGCAGAUAAAAGAUGAUGAUGAUGAUGAUAAUGAAUUGUACAUUUCAAAUAUUUACUCUUAACUCUGUUGCAAACAUCGCGUUAUUAACAUUAUGACAAAUUCCUCCCAUAGUACUAUAUUUUAAUUACCGAAACGGCCCUACUUUUGUGAGAAAAAGCCAUUUCAGUGAUGUGCUCCGACCAUCCUUUUAUGACAAUUUCACCCUCUUUUCUUUUUCGCUGCCGGUCUGACAGAUGGUAACGACAGACUUCACACUGUUCUCAUGGGACCUGUCAGGAGAAAGAGUGACAACCGCUGUUUCAAGCAUUGAGCUUAAGAACAGUUCUGGGCAUCUCUUAAAUACGAAGGAACUAAUACACCCGAUUACUAUAAGACUACAGAGCCAUCAGGACUUCACAAACGCUGCUCAGUCUCAUUACGUGGGAGCCAACAGAACUGUUUUCUUCAAGAUAAAUGUCACUCAGUCAGGGAUGGCAUUGGUGCUAAACAUUCGUCCGGAAAGCAACAGAACAGAGUUUGUGGUGACUGUUAAGUACGGAGAGCGGCCUUCCCCAAGUAAUAGCGACUUAAAAUCAACAAUACCUGACCUUUCGUCUUGCGGUAAGAUGCCAGAUGGUCAUGUGAACUGUUCACGCAAUCCAUAUAUAGUGUUUGUGAACCAAGACUUUGUUAAAAACAAAGGUUUUGGAUAUUACUACUUUGGGCUAAGAGCCGUGUCAAGAAUUUCUGAGAUCCUAAGGGUUAAGCGCUGCUCAGGUCGCGGCCGUUUGAAGCGGUCGUGUGUACAGUACAAAGAACCACCCACCACUGGUGAAAGUUACAGCGUACCUCAAUACCGUGUAGGGGAUGAAAAUUACACCUUUCAGGUGACGCCAGCUGCUUGCCUGUUCUGGAAUGCGCAGUUAUCGAAAUGGACCUCAGAGGGGUGCCAGGUAAGAGAAGAAAUAGUAGAUAUUUAAUCACUAAUGAAAUAUAGGGAAUAGUGCUUUAACGCAGAGGUGACUAAGUACUCUUCUACUCUAGCUACGAGUAUCAAAAGCACUUACCCUUUUGAUACCACAAUCUGAUAGGAAAUUAUUCUAUUAGAAGAGGCAGGUGUCACUGAAAAAUGGGAAAAAUCUCCUUUCUCUGUAGUUUCGGUUUGAAAUUGGAACAUUUUAAACUGCUUUCUUGCAGGUAGCCGAAUUGACUACUCAAGAUGCCAUUUACUGCUCCUGUAAUCACUUGAGUGCUUUUGGGGGUCAGUUAUUUGUCACGCCGAAUCCAAUCGAUUUUGAUAAAGUUUUCACUGAACUAACUGGCCUAUCAGAUAGUGGAAACAUAGCUGUCAUAUUAGCGGUUUGCUGUGUAUUUGGCUUUUACCUAUUUUUAUUGGUGUGGGCUCGAAAGAAUGACAAACUUGAUAUCUUGAAGGUAGGCAGAUGAUUUCUAAAUUUCUCAACUAGUUUAACAAUCGAAUUUUAUAUGAUUAUCUAUUUUCACUCUGAUUUUUAUGUAAAGUAUAGAUAUUUAACUGGGGCUUCUAAGGAGAUUUAAGUGGCAUAUUUUGUUCAUUUGUUCGUACUACAAAUGAGCAACAUAUGACACUUCUAUGAAAAACCCAUGAUGUGUUCAUGUUAAUCACGCAAUUGUAAAGUGCUGAACUAGGUGUAAAGUUUACACUUUGGUCAGCACACAACUAAAUUUUCUUUUUUUGUGAGAAUUUUUUACAACCCAAAGACGGACAAUAAGUAUAUAAUUUUUUGAUAACGGGGUGGGUGACAAAGCUCAUUGGUGCACUCUGAUAUUCACAGGACAGCAUGCACAGUACAAUAAUUGAGACUGAUUUAUUUUUCUUUUUGGUUUUUACAGGUGGGGGAAAAGCCAUUCGUAGGAGUUCCUUCACCAGGCUCUUAUUUCGUCGAGGUUCAAGUAUCCACGGGCAUUUGGCGAAACUCCGGCACCACUGCUAACAUUUUUAUUAUACUAGAGGGGGAGCUAGGCACUAGCCGACCUUACCAUUUGAAAGACGAUUCGUGCAUCCCUUUCGCAAGAGGGAGCAUUAGUUCCUUUAUCCUUUCGAUUCAUGACAGUAUUGGUCCCAUGAGAACCGUGCGCGUAUGGCAUGACAACUCGGGCACCAGUCCAUCGUGGUUUUUGAAUCAUAUCAAGGUUUGCGAACUGACCAAUGAGAAGCAAUGGAACUUUGUGUGUUUCGCGUGGCUGGCUGUUGAUAGAGGUGAUGGAUUAAUAGACCGGACUCUUCGUUGUACUUCAACUGCCGACAAAGGAAUUGAUUUUGCAGUUUAUGUUCAGAAUAGAAUUGCUGGUGAGUUCAGUGAUUCACAUUUAUGGUUUUCUGUCGUAACAAGACCACCAAGUUAUCGAUUUACUCGAGCUCAACGUUUAUCUUGCUGUCUAGCUAUAUUACUGACUACCAUGCUAAGCAGUGCCAUGUUUUACGAGCGUGAAACAGCGAUGGACGAUGAUCAAGGAUCGUUGAGGUUGGGCCGUUUGGUUGUGAACUUCAGAGCGCUCGUCAUUGCAGGGCAGAGUCUUAUGAUUGUACUUCCUGUCAAUAUCUUGACCGUGGCACUUUUUACUCACACUCGUUCUUCAAACGAGAAUAAGGAAAUGGCUCUACAAAGGGACCCGCACAGGAAAUUCGCCAAGAAGAAACGUGACUUCUCUUUUCCACGCUGGUUUAUAUUCGUUCCUUGGCUCUUGUGUUUCCUCCUCUCGUCAUGUUCGGCGGCUUUUGUUGUCUUCUACAGUCUUCAGUGGGGUGCAGAUAUAAGUGAGCAGUGGCUGAUUUCAGUUGUAAUGUCAGUUGUAUUGGACAUAUUUGUAUCAGAACCUAUUCAAAUCAUAGUUGUUGCCUUUAUGCUAUCUCACAUUUUUAAAGGAGGAAUUCAAAGAUUUACGUGGCAACCUUAUCACGUUGACGCAGUCGUUGAUGUCGAAGAUAUUGAAUUGAGUGGUUUAGGCAACGAAGAGAUUGACGAGGAAGAAAUUGAAAUACCAAAGCCACUAAGCAAAAGGCAGUUACGUCGCGCAAGGGUCGCUCGAAUAAGGGAGGCGUAUAUGUAUACUGCCCUUCGGAAUAUAGUGUCGUACAUGCUGUACUUGUUAAUUCUAUGUAUUGUUUGUUACGGUGGACGUAGCGAGCACGGGUACCCGAUGACAUCUUCCAUUAAGAAGACAUUUGGGGAACUUGAUUCGGUAUGUUAUCGGCCAAUUUCUCGUUUUAUAUACGCGUAACUUAAAGACAACGAAUACCUACACCUCUCUGUGAUUGUACAAGCCUUUAGAUAACUCCUUAAGUUUAUAGGAGAAACAAUGGCAGUAGAUAGAAACAAUCAAACUAAAACUUUUCAAAGUAGAAGGAGUUACUGAUCGUUGGCUUUUUCGCUUCUUAUCAUAUAGAUAUCAAAUCACUUUAACACUUGGGACUGGACACGUGACGUUUUAGUACCAGGACUUUUUGAAGACGGGAAAAACGUCCCACUGAAUAGUUCCAGUCCUUACAUUGGAGAUGGCGACUCUGUUCUUGUUGGAAUGCCUCGCCUCAGACAGCUGCGAGUCAAAGAAGGUGUCUUAAAAGAAGUGUUUCAAGUGUUUUCCAUCUUGGAAAUUUGAUUUUUUUGUUGACCGAGGCUAUUGAGAAAAUAGUGUGGUUUUAUCAAUUGAGUUUGUAACGUAAAUUUGCCACCGUAAAGAGCUCCUAAAACUGACAUUUGGAGCACCAGCCCUCCGUCAGAGCAAAAACUAAGGGCUAACACUCGAAACGCCAGCUUUAGAAGCUCUUUACGGUGGCUUAUUUACAUUAUCAAUUAAGUUGAUAAAAGGAAAUUCUCUUGUAUACCUCCUGCGAAGCAGCAGCGCAGUCUCUUUAAAAACUUACGCCCUCUACUAAAAGAACGAGCUCAGUUGUUCAAGGUGUGGAUAAUGCUAUCCAACAGAUAAAUCGCCAUACAGCCGAUAAUUGUCGACAAAAAAAAAUUUAUUACCCGCCGCAUAACGACUUUUCCAGCAGAUGGCGUUAUCCACCUUUCGAAAGAUUCGGUUAAGUAAAAAGUAAAAUGAAGUCAAAACUCAUUUCACAAAGAUCCUCAAACAGUUGAUGCAGCGGGUCUCAAGUUUGAAUUUAGUUGAAAUGUAUUUUCGGCAGUUCGCUGAGGGGGACUUCUCUCGUGGAGGUGGCUCCAGACACUUUUUACAUGAAACCAAAUUCAGCAAAAAGUUUUCGGGUAAUUAGCUCGUACAUUUAUUGUUUGCUUCGGAUUGAUUUGAUGAAUUAUGAAACAUUUUCCUAUUUUCACGUAAGAGCUACACACCAAUAUUUAGACAAUAUUCACUGAACUCGAAGCGGAUCGUCGUUGAGGCAACUAUAGUUUGAAUAAUUAGGCAAACUUCGAUCUUGUGAUCUGUAUAGAUUACAAACAUGCUCUUUUUCGUUGUAAGGUUCUUGCGAUGUCGGCAUAGAUGAAAUAACAGCCCCAUUCAACUCCUGCGUGGCUUCAUAUACAUCCGAUAACGAGGACAACACCAACUUCUAUCAAACACGAUGGCGCCAAUUUUCCCCAUCGAAGAAUGAUUCGCUAAGCAUUCUCUAUCAGAUAUGUCCUACUGCUUGGCAUUAUUCUUCGGCAGAGCGAACUCAAAGCCUUCCUUUGUGGGGAAAACUUCAUCUGUCAAACUUUUAUGGUAAAGGAGGCUACCUGGCCGAGUUGGGCUAUGACAGAAAUACAGCACUGAAAGUCAUAUCUGAACUUAAUCUGUUUGACUGGAUUGACAGGUUUACCAGUGCUGUAAUUGUCGAGUUUACUGUUUUUAACUCUCAAGUGAAUUUGUUUGGCGUGAUUUGGAUCCCAAUUGAGUUUUCACCAAGUGGUCACGUGGUAUCUGAUCAUGUGAUUCGAGGCAUUCAUGUAUACGGAAUUGGUGGAGGCUACAGUGCUGUUACCGUCACCUGUCAAUUGUUUCUAGUGGGUUAUGUUGUAUACUUUGUUGUCAAGGAAACGUCAAAGAUGAUCGCUGGUAUUCGAAUUUAUUUCUCACGUUUUCUAAACUGGGUCGAAUUCACGCAGACUUUAACAGUCGUCGGUUUUGUUAUCACCCACAUUUUAAAACAAACAGAGCUUUUUGUCAACACAGAGAAACUCAAAAACAAUACAUUUCAGUUUAUCAGUUUUGAUAAAGGGGCUCUCUUAGAGGACUUGGAAACGGUCUUAAUAUCGUUACUGAUGUUCUUGAACACUUUGAAGUUGCUGUAUUUGCUCAAAUUCAAUCCCCAUGUGCGGCAUUUAUUCUAUGUUAUGAAGGGAUCUGCUCGGGAACUCGUUCAUUGCUCGGUUCUAUUCGCUGUGUUCAUAUUUGGAUGUAUUCAUGUGGGAUAUCUUCUAUUUGGGGGAGAACUUUACUCCUUUUCUUCGCCUUUCAUUAUUCUACAGUCUCUUCUAGUCGAAGGAGUCGUCGGUGGCGGAGUGGACUAUUUUAACGAUUGUUGUACAGUCAUCGGCCCUGUUUACGUUACAGCGUUAAAAUUGGGACUAAAUCUCAUAUGCAUCAAUAUUUUUAUUUCAGUUCUUGUUUACAAUUACGGCAAUAUCAGAGACCUCACCAGAGGGAAAUUCAAUCUUGGAAACUUCAUUAUUGUAAAAGUAAAGGAACUCAUGGGUUUUGUGGUUCAUAGUUCAGCAAUGGAUGCAGACAGUUCGUGUGUUCAUAACACAAAGGAGGAGGAGAACAACACACUUCCUGAAGUGGAUGAGAUAUUAACCAAGUUGGAUCAGAUUAAUCACCAUUUAAACAUUUUGUAUGCUGACGAAUUCGGUGAAGACCUUGACAUGUUUUCUUUGUGGUUUGAUCUUCACAUUCAACGCUUAAAAGCUAAGGAUGCACAAGAAAGGUUUGAGAAUGAUUUAGAAGAAGUUUACGAGGAUGCACAAGAAUACUUAAGCCUCGCGUAG